AAUAUGGUAUUUUUUUACCUAUUCAGAUGAUAAUAAUGCCUGAAUGACCUGUCAAAUAAAGUUAUUUUUGAUCUGUUUGUGUUUAACCCGGCAAUGAUUUGACAGGUCUGUUUCGACAAGGCAUCUGUGGCUUGGCUAAAGACAGUUAAAGAAAAACUUAAUUUGUUUGGGAAAAUUAUUAAAAUACCAUCUUUCCUAGUUGUAGGGCGUAAUUGGAAAAAUGUCCGACGACGAUUUUAUGUGCGAUGAUGAAGAGGACUAUGGUCUGGAAUACUCUGAAGACAGCAACUCCGAACCAGAUGUAGACUUGGAGAACCAGUACUAUAACAGCAAAGCCCUUAAAGAAGAGGAGCCAAAAGCUGCUCUAUCAUCAUUUCAGAAAGUACUAGACCUAGAAGGAGGAGAGAAAGGGGAAUGGGGCUUUAAAGCUCUGAAACAGAUGAUUAAAAUUAAUUUUCGUUUAUGUAAUUAUGAUGAAAUGAUGGUGAGGUACAAACAGCUUCUGACUUAUAUAAAAAGUGCUGUCACUAGAAACCAUAGUGAAAAAUCUAUUAAUUCAAUAUUGGAUUAUAUCUCUACAUCAAGAAAUAUGGAGUUACUUCAAAAUUUUUAUGAAACAACUUUAGAAGCACUAAAGGAUGCAAAAAAUGAUCGGCUGUGGUUUAAGACAAAUACUAAACUAGGCAAACUGUACUAUGAUAGAGGAGAUUUUAAUAAAUUGGCCAAAAUACUUAAGCAGCUGCAUCAGUCAUGCCAAACGGAUGAUGGAGAAGAUGAUCUGAAGAAAGGCACCCAAUUGCUUGAGAUUUAUGCUCUAGAAAUUCAAAUGUACACUGCUCAGAAGAACAAUAAGAAAUUGAAGACAUUGUAUGAGCAGUCCUUACAUAUAAAGUCUGCUAUACCUCAUCCAUUAAUCAUGGGAGUUAUAAGAGAAUGUGGGGGCAAAAUGCACCUUCGAGAGGGUGAGUUUGAGAAAGCACAUACAGAUUUUUUUGAGGCAUUUAAAAAUUAUGAUGAAUCAGGCAGUCCCAGGAGAACAACUUGUUUAAAAUAUUUGGUUUUAGCUAAUAUGCUAAUGAAGUCUGGGAUAAAUCCAUUUGAUUCUCAAGAAGCCAAGCCAUACAAAAAUGACCCUGAAAUCUUAGCAAUGACGAAUUUAGUAACUGCUUAUCAAAACAAUGACAUUAAUGAAUUUGAGUAUAUUCUGAAGCAAAACAGACAAAACAUUAUGGAUGAUCCGUUUAUCAGAGAGCAUAUUGAAGACUUGUUGAGAAAUAUUAGAACCCAAGUCCUAAUAAAGCUAAUCAAGCCUUAUACUAGAAUACAAAUUCCAUUUAUAUCGACAGAACUGAAUAUUGAUGUUCAAGAAGUAGAAAGCUUACUUGUUGCAUGUAUAUUAGAUAACACUAUUCAAGGUAGAAUCGAUCAAGUAAACCAAGUCCUAUUCUUAGAAAGAACAACUAUUAAUACAGCUAGGUAUAACGCUUUAGACAAAUGGGCCAAUCAAUUAAGUACAUUGCACUCGUCAAUUGUAAAUAAGAUGGCCUGAUACGAAGGACUUACUGAGUAAUGAGAAGUUCAUUUACUCAGAUGCAAAAAAAACGGUCAACUUAAAACUUAUUUGGCAGUUUAUCCAGCAUCAUUUCCUUUUGGAUCAGGUUGUCAAGUUUUUUUACGGGCAGAUGUAAAAAAGAGUUUUUUUUUUAGUUUUUUUAGGAUCACCGUUUUUUAUCAGCUGAGUAUAUCAUUGAAAGUGUUUAAAGUGAUAGCGCGUAGCGCCUUUUUAUUUUGGUCUUACACACAUACAAAUUGCAGGAAAUGAAACCUAAUUCUUUAAAAGUCACUUUUUAUGUUACUUUUCAUACAACAUUUAAGUUGAGGCAAUAUUAUUGAAAAUAUGUGUAUAAUAGUAAAAUAAGCCUAAAACAACUGUUUUUGUUUUUCAGUUUUUCUUCAAUCAGAGUGUGUUAUUAGAGGAGUUCUUUAUAUUCUUUUUGCUAUGUUAGCAGAAUGAUUUUAUUUUCUUGUGCAACGUUGUUUGGUAUUUUAGUUUUCAACAAAUACACGAAACGGAACGAAAACGGAUUUUAUCACUUCAUUUAAACCCUUUAUUAACCAUUUAACACGUGAUUCGCUGACGAUAUUAGCAUCUGCAUAGAUCUAUCAAAACUCUUGGCGCCUUAUCAGAAAAUCCUUUUUUGGUUAAAGUCCACAUCAAAAGUUCCAGCACUCCAGGAUUACAAAAACUACUUAAAAAUUGCGUAUAGCAUAUAUUAAGAAAAUUAUUAAUACGCCUUACGUAGUUAUCUAUUUUAGUAGUCCGGGAGGCACAGUUUCCUCACUGCCUUUACUAGGCUACCAAAGUCUUUAACUUUCGAGGGAAUUAAAUAAUUUUAAAGAAGUAUUAUAGAGAAAUUAAAAAAUCUUUCAAGUGUUUUCCUAAAAUUUUUCUUAAAAAAAAUUAAAUUUCGUAAUGCUCAAGUCUUGUUUGUUCUUUUAGUUGUUUUAAUACGAUUAAUUUAUAAAGAUAAUAUAGUAUUGUUAUAAUGUAUAGAAUACCGAAAUGAAAAUAAAGACUAUCAACUUCUGUUAACAUGUACCUCUGAUAUUGUGAACCAUAUUUCCUUCAAUAAGCCUUUUAAUCAAAAUAUUUCUACGCUGCAGUUGCUGUUUUUUGUCUCUGUGGUGAAAUAAGUUAAAUUUGAUCUCAGUCACCCUGUAUUUUUGAUAAUGUCUUCAAAAAAAAGUAUGACCUUUAUUUUUUUUAAACUUUUAAAGAACAUCAUUAAAUAAAUAUUAGAAAAAGGAAGUUAGCACGGAUGUUACAUAAUAAAGGGUAGAGGAGUGGUAAUAUUGUCGCCAAUAUCCAGACGGAUGUAGACUAACCUAUCAUUUUAUUAAAUACAGAUAUUUAAAAUUUUCAAUAUUGUCAACAUAUUUCGGAAUCCAUUUUUGCAACAUUUAAGAAUUUUGUUUGAAGCCUUUUAUAAAUUUUGAAGAAUUCAUUUUUAUAUUUUUAGGGUAACUGUACUAACGCUUAUUAUAAGCUAUGUCUUCUAUAACGUAAGCUGUUUAUAUUCAUUAUCAUAAGCAACAAAUUUCAUACAGAUUGUUUUGGUGUUUUACUGGAUUGUUUAGUUUGUAUCCCCAACAAUUUUUAAAUACAGAUUGACUCAAAGAAAGGUAAAAUACUUCUAUUCCUUUUUUUUAUAUUAGGGCAACCUGUAUAUAAAAAUGUUGAAAUUGAAUACUCAUUUGUAAUAAUAUUUAUAAAUAAAUAUUUCUCUGCCAUUAAGAAUAAUUUUAAUGGCUUUAAGUAUCCGCACUCCGUAUUCUCUACCGUAUUUUUUUCGCAGUAGUAGCAUAUUCUAAUAGGUAAAAAAAGUCAUCCAUACAAAAAUCAAACUUUUGGACAUAUCUUAAAACCAAGUAUAAGGAUGUCUCAUGCAGGACACUAUGUUACUAUAAUUUUUUUUAGUCCUAGCCAGAUAAAUAGAAAAUAAUGAAAAGAAAAAUGAAAAUAACGAUAAGAACCAGUCACCACUCGAUUAGCUGAAACAUUGGAUCUUAAUUAAAACUCCGUCAAGGGUUUUUUAAUAUUUUGAUAGUUAAUAUUUAAUAUAUUAUAAUAGAAUAAUUUUUGAUAUUUUGUAAAUAUCAAAAAGCUACAAAAAAAGGAAAUAUUUCUUAAAAUAUAGUUAACAAAAGUUGCAGCCUCCCAGACUACAAAAGUGGAUAUUUGUUAGGCAUAUUACAUCUUCCAAAAUUUAUACAUACUGUAAAUAAUAUUGUACAGCUCCUCUCGUAUGGCAAUUUUUGUAAAUUAUAAUAUAAAAUUAUGAUCUUAAUUUAUUCAUCGUAGCCAUUGAUUUGCGAUUUAAUAAUAUAGAUUAUUCAUUUGCCAAACUGUGUUUCAUAUAUUUGUUAUAAGUUUUCUAUAAUAAAUAGGAAUUUAUUAUU